AUGACUCUUUCAGUUAGCAUCCAGCCGGAAUCACGCUUGGAACGGGUCGUGGAUAGGCAGAUCUACCCACUUAGUGAUCGAGGAUCAUUAUCGGAAGCACGAGUGAGUGAUGGAGACUCAUCUCUCGACGAUCAGAAUCUUACGGAGCAGAUAACGGGAAUCGUGGAGAACGAUGCGUUUUCUAUGUUAAAUGAAAGGGACGCCGGAAUGCGUUUCAAACGAGACACAUCCCGCACGAAGAGAGAUUGCAAUUUGAGCGCGAAACGUUGCAAGUUUCUGUUGAACACGAUGGAAAACUACCUACGCGAUUUCAACAAAAAGGUUGAUGUCAAUACGGAAUUCAAGUCGAAUCUCCCCGAUAUUAUGAAGUGUCUGCAUUGCAAACAGCUGCAGCAAUUGUCCGACAAAACAAGCGACAACUUUGUGUCACUAGCGAAACAAGAAUACUUACCGGAAGAAUACCCUGACGAAGGUCAUAGCUCGAUCGAUUCUGGCAUCGAUAUUUUUAACCUGCCAGAUGACAAAAAUAAAGUGGCCGAAGACGAUCCCAAGCAAGCGGAAGGUAAUCGAGUAGGAGCGAAAAAAGACUCGAAGACGGCCUCGAUUGUAAACACCGCGUCAGAAGUUCCUACGAAUCAAUCAUUGAAAGAUAGAAAUACCCUCAAACCAGACAAUUAUACAGAUUUAAACGAAGACCAGAAAGGACACGUACAUGACAUUGAUAUUAACGAUAACGAUUUAACAACGAGCGUAAAUGACGAUCGGCAGAGCAAUAAUACGAUUUCAAACGAUUUGCAUGUGAUAAAGCCUGAAAGCAGCACAAGCGUUUCCGCUAGAUCAGGGAUUAACGAAGAAAAUCAAAUUCGUGUGACAUCUGCGAGCAGUGGCGUUGCAAAUAGUGCGGUAACACCGCAGUUUAUUACAACUGAGUCAAGUAAAUCAACGACAGAGUACACCGCCAUUACAGCGGACGAGGCAAUAUCCAGGGAAACCACAAUUGCGGCUGAUUCGACAGGAUUAACCGAAACGAACACGCGGAAGCUCAUUGAUCUUACGAAGGAGAUCGCGGUCAAUGAAAACGUGACGAGUGUGCCGAAGGAAUACAACGUGAUCGGAAUCAACAACACGGUGCAUCCUUCGGUGCAUCCUUCGUCUGAGGGACACUCGGAAAAUCAGUCGACGAUCGCAAACGAAACGGGUUGGAAAAAAGGCGCUUAUUCUGUUACGUCGGCCAAUAGUUCGCGGGAGAACAACAAAUCCAUUGAGCCAAUUGCAGAAAGCACGAAACUCCAACAGCUAAACUCCUCAACGUGGACGGUGCAUCCGGUCUGCUUCUUCGGAUCCCCUAAUCAACCUACCGUUAAGCAAAUGUCUCCGGGAUCCUUUUACCCAAACUUAUCCGGUUCUUUCUCCUCGCAAAGUCGUGCAUUUCCGUUUCAGUAUCCUUUACAGGAUUUCUCAGCGCCGAGUAGCACGAACACCGCGCAGUUUUUGCCGAAAUUCGGCUACGCUGGCAAUCUGACGCCGACAGGACAAAGUUCCACCAUUACGUCGAACGUACCGAUUACCAAGCCAUUCGUGUCCCAACCGAUUGCAGAGAGCGAGCAGCCGACUGUAGGCACACCAUACUUCUGCACUUACAUGUCAUUGCCGACAUUUAGUUUUCCACCAUCGUUUGUUCCGCCACAACAAUUUUUCAAUGACAUAGAAGAGAAAGAAGAAUCGUCAAAAGAAUGGUCAAAUUCGAAUACGACAACAUUUAUUACAGAAUACUUGUCCAAACCGCCUUCCCAGCAGUCCCAAGUGUGCACUGAAAAUGAUCGUCGUUGUAACGAUGGAAACUGCAUUUCGAAAACUAAGUGGUGUGACAACGUAAUUGAUUGUUGGGAUUCUAGCGACGAAGUAGACUGCCUCUGUGUAAACCGUUUACCACUUAAAUACAACUGCGACGGUUAUAUAGACUGUCCACAUGCGGAGGAUGAAGAAGAUUGUUUUGGUUGUGGGGAUGAUACUUACAGUUGUAAAUUAAGAGAUGCAGACGAUAAUCCAAUUUGCGUGCCUAUGUCGCAACGUUGCGACGGCAUUGAACAGUGUCCCAACAGGAUAGAUGAGGAAGAAUGUUCUGUACUUUCACAAUCAUACGUCGUUCAAAAUGAAACACUUGUAAUUGGUUACACCAGUGGAUAUCUGCAUAUGAACGUGCAUGGGAAAUGGUAUCCCGUUUGUGCGACUUCGGACUUUUCAUAUGAUUUAGCGCUAAGUGCUUGCACGGCUGAAUUUUACCCUAAUCCUCCGCCAUCAUUUAUAGAAAUAUAUCCGGAAGUGGAGGUCGUUGGCGUAUCUAAAAACGUCUUCCGUGGUCCUUACGUAAAAGGAUUCUUCGGAAAGCAUACGUUUGAAUACAACGAAUGUUCGAGCGCAGCGAUAUUCGUGCAAUGCAAACAGAUAACGAAACCUGAGAACCGUAUUGAUCAAUUAUCUAAGAACAGAUUUGAGAAAUUCAACAGUCACGCGAAACUUGUCACCUCGGAAAGUGAAAGAAUUCAUGAACUCUACUUGAAUACGUUGGGACUGUUAAAUGUAAAUGAAAUAGACGAUGAGCAAGAUGAUGACAAUCUCGUUGGAAUAAUCGGCGGUCAUCCGAGUCUCGCGCGGUGGCCUUUUGUCGUCGCUAUUUCAAAAGACGGUUACAUUCAUUGCGGAGGUGUUAUUAUUAGCGAGAGCAAGAUACUCACCGCGGCUCAUUGCGUGAACAAAAAGGAUUCCUUAGAAUCGGAGACUGUGCAUUCAUAUUACGAAGUGAUAGCCGGCAUGCACAGAUUUGACUCAUUUUCACCGUUUACUCAAAUAAGAAAAGCGAGAUUUAUAUUUGUUCAUCCUCAGUACAACGAGGAUUUUAGCCAGUUCGAUAUAGCAAUAAUAUGGCUCAACCAACCGCUUGAUUUAAACCGAUACGUUAAUGUAGCUUAUUUACCUAGUAAUAUCACUAUGGGAUCUGAGUGGGAGUUUGGUCCAACGCCGCAGUCUCAGUGCAUCGUUAUCGGUUAUGGAGACUUAAAAGAAAACGGGACAGCAACGGAUUCGUUGCGAGAAGUGGAAGUAGAUAUUUUCGAAUCGUGUCCGUAUUACGACUGGAAACACAGCGAUUCAUUGCUGUGCGCGGAAUAUGCCGAAGGUGGUCGCGAUUCUUGCGAGGAUGACAGCGGCAGUCCCUUAAUAUGCAGAAACCCAAACGAGACGUCGAUAUGGUACGUGGCGGGUAUAGUCAGUCAUGGAUUUGGAUGUGGGCGUGAAACGCCUGGUAUUUAUAUGAAAGUGAAGUAUUUUAUGAGUUGGAUGGACGAAGUAUUCAGAGGUUCAGUAAUUGGCACGUUGAUUGAACCGUCAAGUACCUGUCCAGGAGUGACUUGUACCUCGCAAUUAGGUAUAUGCAUCCCUGUUAUCUCUAGGUGCGAUGGCGAGACAGGGUGUUUCAGCGCAGAAGAUGAAAUGAAUUGCCAAGAAGACUACGCUGCAAAGUGGCGGUUAGCAAAUAACACCAUGGUGUCAAUGACAAAUCCGACUCGCAAUUCUAUGAACAACCGUUGGCUACAAACAAACAGGGAAAGAACGCAGGAUCCGCUUCUUCGUUACUUCGUCUACAAAAGAGUGAACGAUGAAGACAAUAAAAAUGUUGCGGAAAACGAUACGUUUGUAUCAAGAAAAUCGGUCGUGAGAACAACGUUCACGUGUGAAAAAAUACUUCAAACAAUAAAGCUCAAUAAAAGAUGCAACGGGCAUUUGGAUUGCGAAGACGGGACAGAUGAAGAGAAUUGCACGUGCAGAGACUAUCUGUCGAACUUUCAACCGACAGCAAUUUGCGACGGACAUUUGGACUGCGUCGACAAAACGGACGAGAACGAUUGCGGUAUAUGCAGAGACGACGAGUUUUACUGCAGCAAAAGCGGAAGAUGCGUCUCGAUGAAAAAAAGAUGCAACGAAAUCAACGACUGUCCUUUCAAAGAAGACGAGAUGGACUGCUUCGCUCUGACCGAUGGCGAGUACGUAAAUGUGGACGACGAUAACUUGACAGUUUUAAACACGGAUGGUCUGCUCAGCCAAUAUUACAAAGAAACGUGGAAAACAAUAUGCGUUCCACCGGAUGUUUUGAGCAACAACUCUCUGGUUUCGUCAAUUGGACAAAACAUUUGCGAAUAUCUUGGAUUUAUGAGUGCGCAAUCGGUGUAUACGGUACCUGUGAACAAGACAAUGCUGAAAACGAGGUCGUGGAAAAAGGACAACGCAACGAGUCAUCACGAACCAUCGCCAAGUAACGUUGCGGAGAACGUCACGUGCACGGCGCUACGUAUUCGUUGCAGACCGGUUUUAAGCAGUAGCGUCGACACGCAUCUGAUCGUCGAUCACAGAGCCAGAAAUCAUACCUACCUGUGGCCGUGGCUGGCCGCCAUCUUCGUCGACGGCCAUUACCGCUGCUCGGCAUUGCUUCUCGAACCAGAUUGGCUCCUGUCGAGCUCGAAAUGCACCGAAGACAUCAAAUUGUCGGUGAAUUAUACGGCGGCUGUGCUUGGCUACAGUCGAACGUAUCUUUACGUGGACGGACCCCAUCAACAAGUAUCGGUAGUUGACGAGAUCAGAAACGUGAAGACGUCGGACAUCUCGUUGCUGCACUUGAAGACCGCAGUGAACUUUACCCGUUACGUUAAACCGUUGUUUUUAGAAAAGAAAAUUUAUCCGCCGGCGGUGAACGAUUUGUGCGUGGCUGUUGGCACGGACGACAACCAUGUCACGCAAUCGAUUCUUCUGAAAUCGAUCCUGCAAAAUUGCGACAAGUGUUACCGCUGUUUCACCGAAGGUUUCGAUUCCAAAUGUUCGACUCAAAAAAAGGACGAAAGUUCAUCGCCUUGGAGCGGAACGGUAUUUUGUCGCGGCGCGGCAGGAUGGUAUCCCGCAGCCGUGUUUCACGAGAACGAAGGCUCGUGCAGCUUCCGAAAAACUCGAAAUUUGACGAGUAUCGAUUACAUCCACGCUUAUCUCACGCAAAUCUUAGAGGAGAAAUUACAUCCAACACCUGAACCCGAAUGCAACGGUGUUCGGUGUAAUACGGGAAAAUGCGUUCCCUGGUUUCAAGUGUGCGAUGACGUGAAGGAUUGCCGAGACGGAGCUGACGAAAACACAGACAUGUGUAUGAAUAGCACCUCUAUGGUCGAAAGAAGUAUUGUUAAUCUCGAAUGUUCGAAAUCGCAAUUGCGAUGCAAGAAUGGCAUGUGCGUUCCGAAGAGCGCAUUUUGCGACAGUAAAGUAGAUUGUUCGGACGGAACGGAUGAGCCUAUAAUCUGCACAUGUGCGAACUAUCUCGAAUUGACUUCGCCGGAACGGUUGUGCGAUGGUGUGCGACAUUGUUACGAUAAGAGCGAUGAAUCGCCAGAAAGAUGUAACUGCACCGAAACCAGCUUCAAAUGCAACACAGAAAGUCUUACCUGCUUCCCGCUAGACUUCGUGUGCGAUGACGAGAAGGAUUGUCCGAAUGGCGAAGACGAAGCUGAGUGUAUAAAAGUAAAUUCGACAGAUAACAGUUUUGGUACAGGGGAAGUGAUACAACGAUCUUACGGCGUAUGGCACUCUCGGUGUUUCUCGGAAUCGGAUAAUUUGGAAACACAAGCGAAAAUUGCUUGUCAAAAAAUCGGAUACUUAAACGGAACGAUCGAUUCCGAAAAUAAAGCAAUUUCGAGCAAUCCUGUUGUUCCGUAUCUUGAUGAGUUCUAUGUGAUACGAUUAAACACGGAAACGUGGACAGCUAUGCAUUACAAUAAGCCGCUUGUAACUUUGGCUCCACCAAAAGAAACAUGUCAUCGUCUCUUCGUCAGAUGCAGUCAAUAAAAUAUUUCUCUUUCCACAUUAAAUUCAUUAGGUAACACAACAUACUUACAUUUCAUACAAUUUACAAUUUCAUUUUUGCAUUUUGUUCGCGCACCGUCAGAUCAAGAUAUAUUAAGUUUUUACAUUGAUCGCGGUGAGAUGUAAAAAGAAGAUAAAGCGUGUCGUUAAAAGAUCAGUUUAAAUAAUUGUGAUAACAAGAACACAGGCAAAGUGCAUCGUUAAACACUAGAAACAAUCAUUUUUUCUCAAACAAAGUGUUAGAUAUAAUUAUUUGUUUUUGUUGUAUAUUUGUACAAUCAA